CUGCAUCCUUAGUGAGCCGCUCAUUAAUGUCGGCUUAGCAUUUCCAAUCAGUAAUAGUAAGAAUGCUACUUGUAUCGCCGAAGCAAAACCGAAACAGCUGUUUGUUUUCACAUGUGCGCGGUAGCAUUAACGUGCUAAUGGACGCACAUGUUGGUGAAAUGCUCCAUGUCGCGAGGCGACUGAACAAACUCAAUUAAAUUUGAAAAAGCUACAUUUUCAUGUCGAAUUACAUGUUUGGCUUCCACAAGCCGAAGAUGUACCGGAGCAUAGACGGCUGCUGCAUCUGCAGAGCCAAGUCAUCCAGUUCCCGCUUCACCGACAGCAAGCGCUACGAGACGGACUUCAAGAGCUGCUUCGGGCUGGGGGAGGUGCGUUGUGGGGACAUCUGUAACGCCUGCGUCCUCCUGGUCAAGAGAUGGAAAAAACUUCCAGCUGGAUCCAAGAAGAACUGGAAUCAUGUGGUCGAUGCAAAAGCUGGGUCAAGCGUGAAGUCAACACUGAAGACCAAAAAGAUGCAGAAGAAGCUGAGGCCGAGCCAGAUGAAUCGGGUGCAGAGUGAGCUGAAGAGAAACAAUUCUGACGCCCACAGCACCACCUCCAGCGCCUCGCCCGCUCAGUCACCCAGCUACAGCAACCAAUCAGACGAGGGCUCAGACACAGAGCUUUCAGCUGGCGACGCCCUUCCUCCAGCCUUCUCCUUCCUGGACCUCACCUACUGGAAAAGGCAGAAGGUGUGCUGUGGGAUAGUGUAUAAGGGACGCUACGGAGAAGUCAUCAUCGAUCCCCAUCUGUAUAAACCCUGCUGUCAGAGGAAACCAAACCUGCUCCAGCAACAGGAAGAAGGGGAGGAGAUGGAGAUGGAGAUGGAGAUGGAGGAGGAGGAGGAUGAGGAAGAGGAGGAGCAGCAGCAGCAGGAGCAGGAGCAGGCAGCAGGACAGAUCGCAGUAAGCAUGUCGCCGCCUUCCAUACCCAAACAAGAAGAGGAGGUGGAGGAGAAAGAGGAGCAGGGAGGAGCAGCAUAGUGAUGGCAGCACAGGAUUGGUAAAGUCUUCCUAGACGGAUGCUCAGUAUGAGACACUGACAUACAACACUCAACAUGAUCCAAACCAAACCUCACUGUAGUUUCUCCACACAUGUUUAUAUCUCUGAUACCACCUGGACUGGUUCUGUUUUCAGUGUCUUUGAUUGCCAUGAGAUUCUUUGUAAAUACUUUCUUUUGUUCUGUGUCUGAAAUGCUGGAUCAAUGAAUGCUGCAUGGAAACCUGGAGACCUCUGGUGUUCACCCUUUACUCAUAGGAUGCAGCCAUAAAUAGGAAAGCAGCCUUCCACUCUUUGCCUUUCCUCUUGUUGAAUCAACAAGCUUGUUCUCAAAUGCUGCUCUGUUUCAUGUGUCUACUUCGUUCUCUCAUAGGAUCUGAACUUGUCUUAGUUUUUUUGAAAAUGAAUUUCUAGGUUUAUGUAAAGUAGAAUAUAUACACUUCCAAAACUCUUAUAGCUAGCCAGUCACUGAGGCACAAUGCCACCAACGUCUUCAAAGUAGACAUGCACCAGUAUGGCUUUUGGAAGCUGAGAGUAAUAAUUAAUAUGGUCACACCCAUUUAUAGCAGUAUGCAUUAUGUGAGACAGAUUAAGAGCCUGGUCACGCCAGAAAGUGUCACCGCAAGCAGAGCAUGAUUGUGAAAAAUUUCUAGACUUUUGGCUAGUUAGCAAGCUACCUCAAUUGGUGAUGUCAUGGGUAACACUCCAUCAAGCUAGCUUGCUAACUGCCUGUUAGCAAUCUAGCUGGCUAUUUUACACGAAGAUGCUCUGAUAAAUUUUGCUGUGACACUUUCUGUCACUUUUAGUGUCACUUUCUUGACACCAGCUAGUGCGUUAGCUCAGUCGCUAAAUGGACAACAGGGAUGGAACUUUCAGAAAACUGAGUUAGAAAGAAUGAAUGAAUUCAUUCUAAUUAAUUGAAACAUGACCCACGUAGCCUGAUCCUAAACUAUGGUGGAGAAUUAACGUUGUUCAGUUCAGUCAUGGUGUCUCUCUGCCUCACUCACCUCAUCACAAGCUAAUGUUACUGUAAGCAUUUUACACCUUUAUCCACAAUUUUUCCAUCAAACACAAGUAUUUUUCACAAGUUUCCUCUCAGAUUUUUUGCUGUGAUCAGUAUCCGUUUUGCCUUAGUGAAGAGAACAACAGUAGCCUAGUUUAAUGAUGAGGGCAACAAUUCAGGGGAUCCGACUUUACAAACCCUGAUUCAACUGAGCUGAAUGAACUACAGUCCAAUAUUUAUUUAUUAAUACUGGUGUAACUCAGCUUUUUCUUUCAUAUACAUCAGUCUCAAGGUAAUAUUUAAGAGAGUGAAACUUUAUUUCUGUUAUCAUGUGACACACUCCUCAAGAAAGAACACACAAAUGCAAAUUCCACAGCAGACUAGAUAUCAGCAGUAACAAUAUAUUGAACAUUUUUAAAGCUGAUACUGAUACUAAUAGUUCUGUGUAUCUUUACCAAAAAGUCAUGCAGGUUCCUUGUUGUCCUUAGUGCUCAUGUCCUUGUGAGGUCUGUAAAUAAUGAAGGAGAUAAACAUAGCUUUGGAUCAUUGUAGUUACAAAGAAUAGAUUCAUGCACAUAGAAAGCACAAACAAAUGUUCAGGGAGGCUUCCAGCUCUCAGCACCAGUCCAGAUGCAGCUGUUAUUUGAAACUGUCUAGUGAACCAUUAUAAGCUAAAUCAACCCUCAGGAAGAUCAUGGCAACAACACACAGUGAAACAUGCACUGUUGUUGCUGCUCUUCAACAGCUUUUCUAGUGGUGUCAGAACAGGCUCGGUAGCUAUUUAUAUUUGAAUGAUAUCAUUAAACACCCUGUUCUUCCACAGACCGAACAGGCUGUGAGGAUUCUCCCUUCAGUAGAUGAGUUUUAGUUUGAGGCCUUCUGAGAAUGUUUGAUUCAGGUUCUGGGGCCGUUUGCAGAGCUCACUUUACUCGAAGAUAGGAGUAUUUUGCAUGAGCUUUUCACACCUUUAUUGGGAUGGGGUGGGGGAGGGCUAAAUUUGCCUUGUUGAUGUGUUGUUGUACAGCUUGAAUAUAUAUUUUUGUAUAUAAAUGAAGACAAGCAUCUGUCCACUAAGAGAUUUGAUGUCCUCCAUUUGAACCAUGUCCUGAAACUUUCAUCAAUAAUCACUGAAUCUGGCAAUUUCAGGUUAAUCUGUACCUUUUUAUAGUUGUGUCCAAUCAGAUUUCAGGGAUACCGGACAUAGCUUUCGCUUUUUUUGGACUCAAGUUUUUGAAACUUUGUAUUCCCUGCCAGAAGGUGGCGUCGCAGAGGUGCAGGUACAUUAGCGCAGUCUCUGUGAUGCCACCUCAUUGUCAGUCACUGUAUUAAUGAGUGAAUGAAUGAUGCAGUAGAGCUGCUUUUACAGCACCAAGCUGUAUUUUCAGUCCUACCAUUCAUUUGUUCAGGAUUUGAGCAGCAGUACAGAUAAUGAACCAUGUAACCAAAUUACCUGUAACACCACAUCUAGCAGCAGCUUUACUCACAGUACUGAACCUCAAUUUUUCAGAAAUGAUAAAGGAAGAAAGGAUUAAACAUUCCUCCUCUUUAAUUUAAGUGUUUCUUCAUACAAUAUGUGGGGCUUAUUUGUCAAAUGUCUUUUUAUUUAUUAACUUAUCCUUUAAAAUAUUUUAUUUUCAAUACUCUACUGUAUUCUUUGCUCUUUGUGGACAUGAAUGAUUUUCAGGAUGUAUGUUCAAUGCUGCCAUAUAGACUGAACACAGUGGAAAUGAUUGUAUUAAAACUCUACUUUUGUUCUCUAAAUAUUGUAUUUAUGGGAUCUAGUUUAGAGAGAUUAUUGUACUCCUCAUAUUUUGGGUGGAGAUGCAACAUGUUUUGUUUUUGUCAUUAGUUACAUUGGUAUUAGCAUGUGAUGUAGAUCUGCACUUAAUCUAGAGAACAUAUUUGCAGAAGGAGAUGCACUACUGUUCAUUUCUAAAGCAAAGUUUGUAUUUUUAUACACACUUGUAAUUUCUACUUGUUCAAUAAAUGUCAUUUGUCAUGUUUAA